AUGCGUUUCCCAUUAGACUUCAGCUUGAUGCUGUCAAGAAAGAAAAGAAGCGAACCACAGCAAGGCACAGCCCUUCCAGAGCCCCAGGUUCACGAUGAUAGAACACCCGAACAGAUCGACACAUGGUGCAAAUCCACAUCCUUGACCAAAAAUGGCGACGAGAUUAUGUUUCCCAACCAGGGUGAUACCUGGCACGCAGGAGAAACGCAAGGCUUUGGCUGGACAGGCGGCAUUCAUAUCGACGAUAACCAAAGCCAGACCUUUAGCCUGGAGAUCAGGGCAUUUGGCUCCAAUGACGACUCUCAAGCUGUUCAAAUAUUUGCCAACGAAACCUUCCACUAUCCUUCAACCAACUGGCAAGUCUGGAACAAAGAAUGCCCAGACACGUAUAUUUCAUACUACUGGAAGAUACCCAAAGACUUUAAAACCGGAGACACCAAAUUCGUGGCGACGCUUCUCAACACAACUGAUCCGGAGAAUGAAACCACCUUGACGAGUAGUUUCUUCUACAUCGACUCCGAACCCGUUGAUGUAUCUAUAGAGGCCUCUGUAGCAACUCCAUCUACGACACCAGCAGCAGCCACCACCACAUCAAUAGUCCACAACACCGCCACUGCAGCACCAACCGCCACAAUUGAAGCGGCAGCCAGCGACCAAACCACAACAGUAGAAUCACACGGCGGACUUUCCGUCCGGCAAAAAGCAGGCAUUGGCGCAGGCGUUGGUGUUCUAGGCCUCAUGCUUCUCCUCGCUGGUCUGCUUUUCUACUAUUACAGAAAGCGCCAAAACAAAGGCAUAUCGGAAAAAGGUUUCGUGACACCAGCUUUGGGAAUCAGAACAGCACGACCGCGCAUCUCAGAAGGAGGCAAUAGCGAGAUACAACGUGCGAGAGUGAGGGAGUCAGAAGACACCCCUGGAAGUCCUUUGUAUAGGACAGACACACAGCGGAAUAGUCAUCGACGGAGUAUCCGGAUAGUAUACGAACCAAAUCAGGAUCCCAUCGGGUUGCCGGCCGACGUUUCGAUGUGGUCGCCCAAGACUUCGCAGGAUGAACUGAAAAGAUAA